CAGCAACAUCUUCGUAUGCAGCGGAGCAACAGAACCGGACCUUCGAAGCAUUUGGUGCAGGAGAGAGGGCUGGUCGUCACUGAUCCCAAGGCCAGAGAUAUUCUGAAGGAGCAUAAGAGUUACUGCGCUGCCAAGAUGGUAGAGCGACACUUCAGUGGUGACAUUCUGGGCUACGUCACACCUUGGAACAGCCACGGUUAUGAAAUCACUAAGACCUUUGGUGGUAAAUUCACCUUAAUUUCCCCAGUUUGGCUUCAGAUCCAGAGGAAGGGAGUUCAGCUUUAUUACGUCACUGGCCACCACGACAUCGACCAAGGGUGGAUGAAGAAUGUGAAAGCAGAAUUUGAAGCAGUCCGUUUUGUUCCCCGGAUUUUGUUUGCUUCCUGGACAUACCGUGACUAUGAAAGUCUUUUUAACAGCGAGGAUGAAAUCGAAGAACUAUCAGAAGCGUUGGUGCAGACAGCACAGGCUGAGGAGUUUGAUGGCUUUGUCUUGGAGGUAUGGAGUCAACUUGGUGGUCAGAAACGCAAGUAAGUGAAG